AGCUCACCACACAUAUCAUCAUCAUCCAAUAUUGAGAUGCUGCAUCGUACAAACACACACACCAACUUGUAGGAUAGUUGGUGAGCCAGAUUUGUCUUUCCUGAAUCCUAAAUCUCUCUCUCUCUCCCUCAAUGUACAUCGAUUGAGCUUCGAUUUGAAAAAAAGAUCGACCGAGCAACCAAGCCAUCAUCAAACAUCAUCAAAAUUUGAUUCGAUUCACCCAAAACAACUAUAGUUGUUUUGGACUUUAUCAUCUUUACCUGUAUGCUUCUCUUUAUUUUAAUGUUCAUUAAAUCUCCAAUCCAAAACCGAGAAUCCAGCUGACCUGUCUAUUUUAUUUUGUUUAUUAUUAAACAAUAACCGUAUAACUUAGCGCAACUUGUGAAAGACAAGAAUGUCGACUUUUUUUGAACGAAUAAAAAAUAAAGUUUUUCGUGCUGGUAACCAUGGAUCGGCCGGUACUAAACGUAAAAAAUUUUUCCAUAAUAUUAAAUUCGAUGAAAAUCCCGAAGAAACUUGGAAAACUGUAGGUGAAAUUGGUGAUGGAUCAUUUGGAAAAGUUUACAAGGCCCAAAAUAUUCAUAAUGGCCAAUUGGCCGCUGCCAAAAUCUGCGAAUUAAAGGAAGAGGAUGAACUAGAAGAUUUUGUUGUCGAAAUUGAUAUUUUAUCCGAAUGUCGACAUCCAAACAUUGUCCAAUUGGUCGAAGCGUAUUUUUACGAGGGCAAACUCUGGAUGCUCAUCGAAUUCUGCGAAGGUGGUGCAAUCGAUUCAAUCAUGAUGGAUCUCGAAAAACCGUUGACUGAAACGCAGAUACGAUAUGUUUGUCAUGAAAUUGUAGAAGGAUUGCGAUAUCUGCACGAGAAAAAAGUCAUACAUCGUGAUCUGAAAGCCGGCAAUGUCCUGUUGACGCUUGAUGGUGAUGUUAAAAUAGCCGAUUUCGGUGUUUCGGCCAAGAACAAAAAUACCAUUCAGAAACGGGAUUCUUUCAUUGGCACUCCAUAUUGGAUGGCACCCGAAGUGAUCAUGUGUGAAACUAUUCGCGAUAAUCCUUACGAUUACAAAGCCGAUAUCUGGUCUUUAGGUAUCACUUUAAUCGAAUUCGCUCAGACCGAACCACCCAAUCACCAGAUGAGUCCGAUGCGAGUUCUAUUGAAAAUCCAAAAAGGUGAUCCACCCAAAUUAGAUAAUCCGAAAAAGUGGUCGCCGGAAUUCAACAAUUUCAUCGCCAAAUGUCUUAUCAAAGAUUACAAUAGUAGGCCUAAUGCGGCUGAACUGUUGGAGCAUCCAUUCCUAAAACAGGUGAAACCUGUUGAAGACAAACGAUUCCUAUUAGCAUUGAUCAGUGAAUACAAAGCUGAAGUUGUUGAAUAUGUGACCGAAGUGAACGAAGAUGAUGACAUCAACAACAAGGAUAGCCUUUCUCGUCAGGAUUCUUCGGUGGAAAAUCCACCGUCAACCGAUGGACAGAUUCCACCAACGCCUACCACGCCUAAUGUAGAGGAGGUAAAGAAAAGCACGAAACGUAUACCUGCUCCACCACCACCAGUUUUAUCUGAUCCAGUAACUUCAACCAAUGGUAAUGACAAGGAUCAUGCAGCACUGGAAGCUUUGCAAGAAUCCAUCGAAGAAGCCGAAGAAGAAAUAGAAGAUCAGGUCAAUGAAUCUCAAGGCCAAGAAAUACAAGAGGAUGAUGUCGUAGACGAAGAGCAACCACCACAAUUGGUUACGACAACUGAUUCGAGUUUAUCGAAUGAACAUAAAUUGGUUGACCAAAACAAAAUCGCCUUGUUCACUGAUGACAAUAAUCCUAUUCUUAAUUGUGAUCCUGAAGACAUUUCCAACUGUGACGAUCUAACACCGUGCCAUACACCCCAAAUGAACGAAUCAGUAUUCGAUGAUGAUAAUUGCCAGGUGACUAUUCUUUCCAACCACAGUACGAUCAUCAAUACAGUGAGUCAAUCGACGCCCGAAGAUCAUCGUAACAUAUCGAUUGUCACCAUUGAUGAUGGCAAACCGAUUUCCAUUCAAACUUCCGAAGUUCAAUCGAACAACAAACAGGAACGAGCAAUCAACGACAACUAUGCCUCGAUUGACAAAUCAACCAAGGGUAGAAUAAUAAUUCAAACUGAUAAACAGACACAGAAACCUUUAUCAAACAAGAAUGAUGAUGUUGUAAUGCCAACCUCAAAUGCCAACAUCAAAACGACGAUUAAGGUGAAUCUGAAUCUCAAAUCGGAAAACGAACGACAGCGUCAGCCAAAUAGUCCGAAACGAAUUCCGGCCGAAGACAAUCAUGUGACCACAAAAAUCGAUCAGGUAACGCCCAUUAUCUGUUCCCGUAACUAUGGCAACCAUGAACGUAAUAACCACCAUCACCAUCAUGGCCAUCACCAUCACGGACAUCAUCAUAAAAAUGUGCAAUCACCACCGAUAGAAUUGAAUAACAAAAGUUUGAAAAGAGAAUCUUCCAAUUCGAGCAGCAGUAAUUUUGGAAGUGUUGGUAGCAGUGACAAAGAAAAUGUCAUUAGCAACAGUGCCAACAACAACAACAACAGAAUGCAGCAAGCAAAUGAUCAAUCAUCUGCCGCAGUUUUGAUACGUAAAAAACAAAGAGAUAUGGAAUCGCCAUCACGACGUGAUAAGAAAUCUGCCGUUUCUAAUAAUCAUUCUGCUCAGAAAAAAACGUUGAAAACAAAGACCAGAAAAUUUGUCGUUGACGGUGUGGUCGUCACUACUACCACCCAAAAAGUGAUUGAUGGAGAAUCCGAUAAGAACAAUGAUCAAUACCUGAGAAAACAAGAGCUACGAGAGCUGAAAAUGUUGCAAAAGCAUGAAAUCAAACAGCUACAAGAGCUUGAAUGUCGUUCGAUAGCGGCAUACGAUGCCCAGGAGAAAAAAUUCGACAUUGAAAUGGCCGCAUUAAAAAAAUCGUACGAUAGUGAUCUCGAAUCGUUGAUUCGACAGCAAAAAAUGCUUGUCGAAAAGGGUGAAGAACAUCAACAGGUUGAGCUAAAAUUGGCAGUUCGUCGUAUCAAACAAGAUCAGGAACGAGAGUUGAAAAAUUUCCGUGAAGCACUUAAAGCCGAACAUAAAUUGCUCAAACAAGAGGUGGACCAGUUGCCUAAAGAUAAACGUAAAGAAGAGUACAGGAUACGAAAAGAUCGGCUGGACAAGAUCCAUGCCGAUAAAGAACGACAAUUUAUUGAAUCAUUGAAUCGACAAUACGAAUACAACAUUAACAAACUGAAUCAGAGUCAUCGAGAAAAGUUGGCCAUGAUGGAACGACAAUUCCUACAACAGAAACAACAACUUCUUAGGGCUCGAGAAGCGGCCAUCUGGGAACUGGAAGAAAAACAUAUCUACAAUAAAUAUAGUCUUCUCAAGAAGCAAUUAAACGAAUCGUUUUUCCUACAACGACAUCAGAUGCUCGAUCGACAUGAAAAGGAACUCGAACACUACAAACGUUGGAUAAGCCUGCAGGAAGAAGAAUUACUUAAACGACAGGCCAUUGAAAAAAGAUCGUUGCCUAAACGAAUUCGAUCGGAAAUGAAAACCCGUGAAAUGAUGUAUCGUGAAAGUCUGAGGAUCAGUAUGGCCAAUUUAAACAAUGCCUUCAGCAAUGAAGAUGAACGAGAAAAGCUAAAACGAUUUCAGGAAAGUGAAAAACAACGAUACAAAGAUGAACAGGCUCGUCAAGAGCUUAAACAUCAGAAACAGAUCGAAAGCCUAAAGAAUCGCUGUUUAACCGUCAUCCAUGAAUUGGAACAGAUCCAGAAAGAUAAGAAAAAAGCAUUGUGUGAACAUGAGAUUCUUAAGCUUAACAUGCUAGAAGAGGAACACGCUGAAGAGCUCAAACAAUGGAAAUCACAAUUGAAACCUCGAAAACAGAAAUUGGAAGAGGAAUUCAUUCGCCAAAUAGAAGACCAAGAACGUUUCUAUGCGACCACAUCAGCCACAGCUGCUGUUUUCGAUUGAUGAUACACACACAGCAAAGAAGGAUUGAAGUAUCCUUUUGCCAAACUAGUCCGCCCAAUUCACACCUACACCUUUUGCAUUCAUCACAUAGCCACAUCAAUUGUUUCCGUUCUUUCUAUGGUGUACAUAUAUGUAGCUUUAUAAUCGUAUUGAAAAUCAUAAAUGAAUUAUAUUGUAUUUAUAAUAAUGA